AGGACACCUAGUGUGGGCUGUUCAUCAGUCACACUUAGUGGUGAUCAUUUGUGUGAAAGGCAGAGAUGGACGACAUCGAGGCUAUGUUUAGUGACCUGCUGGGAGAGAUGGAUCAUCUCUCUCAGAGUCUAGAACAAGCAACAGCUUCGUCAGAAGUGGAUGGGACACAAGAGAGCUCCUUCUCCAUUGGCUUUAACAACCUGAAUGAGUCUCUUAAUGAGCUGGAGGACAAUGAGCUGGAUGCUCUGGUUGCUGAUCUGGAGUCAAAGUCAGUUCAGAUGCAAUCUUCCACUGUUGAAGAUACCUGCAACCCUACAGAAAAUCAAACCUCACCUGCCGUGUAUCAGGAGGCGGAGCCUGUAGUGACAUUUCCUGUGGUUACCACACAGUCGUCAAAAGUGAUAAAGAUGAAUGAACCCCAGACAAAGGCGGACAAAAUUAAAGUAGCUUUGGAGAAGCUGAAAGAAGCUAAAGUGAGAAAGUUGAUCAUAAAGGUGCUGAUGGAUGACAACAGCUCUAGGACUCUAAUGGUAGACGAGAGGCAGACCGUCAGAGACGUUUUGGAUAAGCUGUUUGAGAAGACACACUGCGAGAACAGCAUCGACUGGAGCUUGUGUGAGACCAACCCUGAGCUGCAGACUGAAAGAUAUUUUGAGGACCAUGAGUGUCUUGUGGAACCACUGUCUGCUUGGAGUCGGCACAGUGAAAACAAACUCUAUUUCUUAUCAAUCCCUCAGAAGUACAUGAUGUUCACUGAGCCGCAGAUUUUUUACAUGUGGAAGAAAAAGAAAUCGAGUGGCAUGAAUAGCCAAGCCAAAGAGCUUCUUAUCAAGGAGAAUUUUGGAGGUCCUACUGUUAUCGUUCCUACUCUUGAGGGCAUGUUAUACUUAAAAGAAGAUGGGAAGAAGGUUUGGAAACCUCGCUACUUCAUGCUCAGGGCCUCUGGGAUCUAUUAUGUUCCUAAAGGAAAAACAAAGUCUUCCACUGAUCUCGCCUGUUUUGUUCGCUUUGAAAAAGUCAACAUCUACACCACUAACAGCUACAAACAGAAAUACAGAGCACCCACAGACUACUGUUUCCUGUUAAAGCAUCCCUGCAUCCAGAAAGAGUCUCCUUACAUCAAAUUCCUGUGCUGUGAAGACAAACACACACUCCUGCUUUGGGUCAACUCUAUCAGAAUAGCAAAGUAUGGUGCAGCACUGUACAACAACUAUAAAGCUGCAAUGAAGAGGACAUCGGUUUUGCAAAUUCCCCAGUAUGCACCAAGCAAAGACAAAUCCAACAGUCAAACCUCCCUGGAAAGCCCAUAUCCAGGCCAGUUAGCCAUAACCGCUGAAGAAGUUCCCUCUGAAUCACCACCAGACUUCGUUUAA